AUUCCACCCCAACAAACACCAACACACCCACCUUCUCCCCCUCUUCGUCUUCCCCCAAUUCAAGAAGCGGAGGAGAGAGCGCGGCGGGGGUGGAGAGAAGGUUCUAGAUUGUUCUGGAGGUGGAGGGAUGUGGGGGCGGCAGUACUGGGGCGGCGGCCGGCGGCCGAGCGGCGGCGGCGGCGGGGUGGUGGUGAUGUUCGCGUGGCUGUCGAGCCAGGAGCGGCAGGUGCGGGCGUACGUGGAGCUGUACGCGGCGCUCGGGUGGGCGUGCCUCGUCUGCCACUCCGAGUUCCUCACCCUGUUUUUCCCUGAUAAGGCUGCCAUGCUUGCUGAUAGGGUGCUUGCAGAACUAGUUAAGGAACUGAAGGUUAGACCUGUACCUGUUGUGUUUGCCUCAUUCUCUGGAGGCCCAAAAGGCUGCACAUACAAGGUUCUUCAGCUGAUCGAGAGAAGAUGCGAGGGUCAACUGAGCCUGGAGGAGUAUCAACUUGUAAGAGACUGUCUUUGCGGGCAGAUGUACGACUCGAGUCCUGUAGAUUUUGUUAGUGAUUUGGGCACCCGAUUUCUCCUUCACCCAAGUGUCCUGAAGAUGUCUCAACCGCCUCGUAUCCUAUCAUGGAUGACUAGAGGCAUUGCCUCGGGACUAGACACGCUGUUCAUUGGCAAAUUUGAAGCGCAACGUGCAGAAUAUUGGGACACACUAUACUCAUCAGUGCAUGUUGGUCCAAUACUCAUAUUCUGUUCUGAAGACGAUGAACUUGCUCCGUGUUCAAUUGUUCAAAAAUUUGGUCGACGUCUGCUGGAGCUUGGUGGUGAUGUGAACCUAGUUAAAUGGCAAAAUUCUCCUCAUGUAGGUCACUACAAGCAUCAUCCUGAGGAAUACCGAGCUGCAGUAACUGAGCUACUCACAAAGGCUUCAAUGCUUUACAUGAGCAGGAGGCAACUUAACAGCUAUGAUCUAGGCACAAGUGAGCAUAGCGACAUGUUGGCCUCCGACGUGCAUAAAGCUGGCACGAAUUCAAACAACAGGCUAAGAAGGGCACCAGAUGAUCCGAUUGACCAUUUCUUGCUACCGAGUUCCAUGGAGUAUCAUGAAAGCAGCAACGAAGAGCCGAAACCGGAGUUGUUCAACAUGCCCAGUGUGGAAAGCAUUAACAACCCCCAUGGAGUGUUGGGUCAGAUGCUUUACGAUGUAUGCGUCCCCAAGAACGUAGAAGGCUGGGACUUCAAGCCUUCUGCAUCAAUAAACGGGAGGCAUAUAAAUUCUAUUGCUCGUCAGCAUGGCACUUUCAAUCCGAUAAAAUGCAUACGGCGCUCAAAAUUGUAAAAAUGUUCAACUGGAGUACCCUGAUGCAUAUAGCUGACCAGUGUAUACUAUGAGAGAACAUUGUUUGAUGGAUGCUGGUGAAAAUUUGAGAUACCUGCUAUCCAUUGAAUAAAAUGCGAGAUAUUUUUGUAGAUAAAGUAAUGAAGUAUAAUAUGUUACUAUUGCUGAGGAACUGCGCAUAUGUACAUGAGUGCUUUAUUAUUUCUGUUGCUCUA